AUGGCUACUCAUUGUGAAAACAAAGCAUCUUUGUUAUCAUCAGCUGUGGUGGUAAUGGUUCCAUUCCCAGCUCAAAGUCACCUAAACCAGCUUCUUCAACUCUCUCAUGUCGUUUCAUCAUCAUACGACAUCCCAGUCCACUACGUUAGCUCACCUCUCCACAUUUCCCAAGUCAAAUCUCGAUCCUCAAACCCUCAAGACCCAACCAACAAAAUCCAUUUCCAUGGCUUCCAAAUCCCACUUCUUCUUCCUUCUUCUUCUUCUUCUUCUCCAAAUCCCAAAUCGAAAUUCCCUUUACACCUACUCCCCUGUUUCGAAGCCUCAACUCACCUUCGUCAACCAGUAGCGGACCUACUCCGAUCGCUAUCUCCAACCACAAAACGACUCGUCGUUAUUCACGAUGCUUUAACGACUUACGUCGUUCAAGAUGUCGUUUCGAUACAAAACGCAGAAGCUUACUCUUUCAAUUGCGCCUCUGCUUUUUCUGCUUUCGCUUUUAUGUGUGAAACCUUGGGAAGAAACGACAUCGUUCCGAAUAAAGAACUUCCAUCUUCAAUUUCAUGCUUUCCUUCUGAGGUUUUAGCUUUCUUGGGUUCACAAAUUCAUUUGGCGAUGACUUUGAAAUUUUCAUCUGGACAACUUUACAAUAGCUCCAAAUCGAUUGAGGGUUCUUUCGUUGAGCUUUUAUCUAAGGAAAUUAAUGGAGGAAAGGAGAAGAUUUGGACAAUUGGGCCUUUGCACCAAACAAUAAUAUCUGAAAAUCGAGCUGAGAAGAGUUUAGUAUUGGAAUGGCUAGAUCAACAAGAACCCAAUUCUGUGUUGUAUAUCUCUUUUGGAACGACUGUGAGUUUUUCUGAAGAUGAGAUUGAAGAGCUUGCUUUUGGUUUGGAACAGAGUGGUGUGAAGUUCAUCUGGGUAUUGAGAGAUGCCGAUGAAAUUGAUGUUUCCAGUUCUCGCUAUGAAGAAGGGAGAAAAAGACCUAAACUUCCAGAUGGGUUUAAGGAAAGAGUUAAGGGAAUGGGAAUGGUGGUGAGGGAGUGGGUGCCCCAAGUGGAGAUUUUGGGGCACUCAUCUACAGGUGGGUUUAUGUCUCAUUGUGGGUGGAAUUCUUGUAUGGAGAGCUUGAGUAUGGGAGUGCCUAUGGUGGCUUGGCCAAUGCAUUCGGAUCAACCCAUGAAUGGUUUGUUGAUUACUGAGUUGCUUAAGGUGGGAGUGGGUGUGAUUGAAUGGAAUCAAAGAGAGGAGUUGGUUACUUCAUCGAAAAUCAGCAGAGCUGUGAGGAGAAUAAUGGGUUCAGAUUCAGAAGAAGGAGAUGAGAUUAGGAAGAGAGCUGUGGAAAUUGGUGUGGAAGUGAAACGGUCUGUCGUUGAAGGAGGUGAUUGUCGUUUGGAGUGGGAUUCUUUUAUUGCUCAUAUCACUAGAUAG